CUGACUUUCGUUUCAGUUUCAAAGUCUCACUGUUUCUUCAUUUCUUCAUAAUUAUUGUUAGUUGGUUGAUGGAUGAAUUUGAGUGCUUGAGAGAUUGGGAUUUGGAGGCUAUUGUCAGAGGAAGCAGUGGUGAAGCCACCGCCAUGGACGAUCCCAAUCCUGAUUUUUCUUAUUUCUUCUCUGACCAAGACGAGCUGCUUGAUAGCUUUCCAGAAUUCUCAGAAACCACCAGGGUCCUUGAUGAUCUCGAAGAUCUCUACAAACCUUUCUACCCAGUUUUGCACCCUCUUUCACCUCACACCAUCGUUACAACUUCCAUAGAACCCCAACAGGUCAAAGAACUCAAAGCAUCAGAAGAGAAAGUAGCCCUACAGGGUUUCAAAGCCCCCCCAACACCAAAGUGUAAAAAAGGGAAGAAGAACCAGAACAAGAGUGUGGUGAAGCAGGUAACAACAGCAGAAGGUCUUGAUGAUGCAUGGGCAUGGCGUAAAUAUGGACAGAAACCGAUAAAGGGUUCUCCGUAUCCAAGAAGUUACUAUAGGUGCAGCAGUUCGAAAGGGUGUUUGGCGAGGAAACAGGUUGAAAGGAGCCACUUAGAUCCUGCUGUUUUUUUGGUUACCUACACUGCUGAACACAGUCAUCCUCACCCAACUCGAAGAAACUCUCUUGCUGGGACCACUAGGAAGAACAAUUCCUUGAUUCCACCUCCAACAACCACACGCAACCACAACACUACUACUUGUUCUUCAAGGACACCUUUGAUGGUUCAAUCCAUUGAAGAUAAACUUGUAACGAGUGUGCAACAAAGCAUGGACCUCAAGAAAGAAGAACAACAUUUUGUUGAGUGGUUCGAUGAUGGUGCUCAAUUUGGUGAUGCUUGGAUUCCCACCUCAGAUCUUGAGAAGUUUAUUGGAUUUGAAUGCCAACAUUUUGCACUGGAUGGAGCUUUCACCGAUGCUUAUGCACACUCUUGACAACUUCCUUCAUCAAUAUCACAAAUUUCUGAUUUUCAGUCACCAUUUUACAUUGCGAUAGCAAUUAUGUUUGUAGAUAUAUGCCCAUAUCAAACAAUAUUUUACUCUUUUUUUCAUUCUUCAACUCUUCAUCUUCAUCCAUCUUCUCAGCUUGCUUGGAGUAUUUCUUCAAUAACCCUCUUCUUUAAGUAUUACUUAAGGUUAUUAAUUACAUGUUAAUGUCAUCACAAUGUCCGUCCCAGUAAAAU